GUAAUCUACUAGCUAUUACAACCAUGGCUGCUCGAUUACUGAGAAUAGAAGCAGCGGUCUUCGCUUUAAUUACGAUAUAUAUAAGCUGCAAGGCGCAAUUUCCAACCGAAUCUAGCAUAAAAACGUGGACAAAAGACCUGAAACAGUCAUUGGAUGAAUAUGUUAGUAAUGUUUUAGGGGAGGCUCAACUGCAACAGAGCUACAACAGCUAUGAUGCCAGCAAGGUCCAGUGGAAGGCAGUCAAUGGAGAAGAUUUGGUGGAAGAGACAGCAAAUAAACUGGGAUUAGAGGUCCUUGGGAAAAAAAUUGAAGCUUUAAAGAAAUCAGUGAAGGCUGCAGAAGAAAUUGCUGCAAUUUCCCCUAAAGAUGAUUCAUUAACAAUAGAUAACUAUAAGUUCAACAAUGCAAAAACUCUGGACAAAAGUACGCUGGCUUACUCUCCUAAGUUUGGCAAGGGGAUCAACGAGACCAUCUCCAGCGUACACAUCCCUGUGGAGAUAUACUAUGGAGAUAAAGAUAUCCUGAAUGGCCUGAAGUGGACAGAGGGACUGGACGACGUAUGGAAGCAAAAUGCAGAGGAUGAUCCAAAUCUUCUGUGGCAAUACUUUGGAGGACAGAAAGGGUUUUUACGUUCUUACCCAGCCAAUGCAUGGACUGAAGCCAAGCCUGAUCUGUAUGAUGUCAGACGUCGUCCUUGGUACACACAGGGGUCAAGUUCACCCAAAAAUAUGAUGAUAUUAGUAGACACGAGUGGAAGUACUACAGGGGAAGCUCUGCAGCUGAUGAAGGAAACAGUAAAACAGUUGCUGGAAACACUCGGGGAGAAUGACUUUGUGGCAGUAGCAAAUUACUCCAAAACUGAAGAAAUCCAAGACACUGUGCGGUACGUGUCAGAAUGUUUCCAGGGCUUUGUCCAGGCCACACACAGAAACAAGCAAGUCCUGAAAGAGGCAGUGAUGGAUCUUCAGGCCUCUGGGAUGGCCAAAUGGGAGGACGCUCUGGAAUUUGCUUUCAAAGCUUUCAAAGAGUUUGAACAAGAUGAGAAAAACAGCAGCAUGAAUAAUGUUGGAGCAGACUGUAAUCGAAUUAUCAUGGUGUUGACAGAUGGCGCCACUGCCAAAGACGAAGCAGCCACUGUGUUGAAUAGAGAAAAUCCUGACAAGCGGAUUCGCAUAUUUACUUAUGCCAUUGGUAAGACAGCUGCUGCCAUAGAGGCUGUCAGGUGGCUGGCCUGUAAGAACAGAGGAUAUUUUUCAAAGAUACCAGCAAUGGGUGCCAUCAGAACCACAGUACAGGAACAUGUGGCAGUUGUUGCUAGACCUCUAGUCUUACAGUCUAGAGCGUACAUACAAGAAUCGGAUGUUUAUGAAGAUGCAUUGGUAUGGUGGCAGUUAGUAAACAGCCAAGUCAUGUGA